UUACUUUGUCAAUUUCUGCGCUUUCAUUGAAUUGCGUUGCAAGAGCUGCAUCGACCCAAAGCCUGCAGCAAUCCCAGCACGACAACGUACACUACAGUCCCUUAACAGAUGAGGACUACAUCACCAGACUGGUUUAUUAUCAAACGGGGGAACCAAAUGCGCACUUUCUUUCACUGGUGGAAGAAGUGAGAACCAACACCGUGGGAGAGAGGUUUCCCGUCGUAGAAGCGUCACUUCUCUGUAGUUGGCUAAUGAUUUUUAUUAAUUCCCAACUUGUCUUUAAUCCACUGAGGACAAAACACAGCGAUGAUAAGACUUCAGGACGCUCAUGAGAGUUUUAUUUCGUCAUUGUAUCUCUGAAUUUCGACAUUAAGUGCACCACAACCGGUCAUUAAAAGGAUUUAAACCGACAUUUGUGGUUUUUGCGAAAGGAAAUACAAUGCCGGACCAGAUCACAGUGGCGGAGUUUGUGGCGGAGACCAAUGAAGAUUAUAAAUCGCCCACCGCCUCAAACUUCACCACUAGAAUGACUCACUGCAGGAAUACUGUAGCCGCACUGGAGGAGGCCCUGGAUGUGGACCGCAGUGUCCUUUACAAGAUGAAGAAGUCAGUUAAGGCCAUUUACGCCUCCGGUCUGGCUCAUGUGGAGAACGAGGAGCAGUACACUCAAGCUCUGGAGAAGUUCGGAGAGAAUAUUGUGUACAGAGAUGAUCCUGACCUGGGAUCAGCAUUCCUGAAGUUCUCAGUCUUCACCAAGGAACUCACAGCCCUAUUCAAGAACCUGUUUCAGAACAUGAAUAACAUCAUUACCUUCCCAUUGGACAGUCUGCUGAAGGGAGAUCUGAAAGGGGUUAAAGGGGAUCUCAAGAAGCCCUUUGAUAAAGCCUGGAAAGACUAUGAGACUAAAGUCUGCAAGGGACAUUCUUUACUAAAAGGUUCUAAAAUAGAGAAGGAGAAAAAAGAGCACGCCCGACAACAUGGAAUGAUCCGGACUGAGAUCAGUGGAGCGGAGAUAGCAGAGGAGAUGGAAAAGGAGCGCCGUUUCUUUCAGCUUCAGAUGUGUGAGUACCUCCUCAAAGUCAACGAAAUCAAGAUCAAGAAAGGUGUCGACCUGCUCCAGAAUCUCAUCAAAUACUUUCAUGCACAGUGCAACUUCUUUCAGGAUGGUCUCAAAGCAGUGGACAACCUCAAACCCUCAAUAGAAAAACUCGCCACAGACUUGCACUCGAUCAAACAGGUACAAGAUGAAGAACGCAGGCAGCUAACCCAGUUACGGGACGUGCUAAAGACAUCUCUGCAAGUGGAGCAGAAGGAGGUUAGUCAGGACUCACAGGUCAGACAGAGCGCCACCUACAGUCUACACCAGCCUCAGGGCAACAAAGAACACGGGACGGACCGCAGCGGGAACCUUUACAAGAAGAGCGAUGGGUUGCGGAAAGUGUGGCAGAAGAGAAAGUGCACAGUGAAGAACGGUUAUUUGACUAUCUCGCACGGGACGGCUAACAGACCUCCUGCCAAACUCAAUCUUCUCACCUGUCAGGUGAAGCACAACCCAGAGGAGAAGAAAAGUUUCGACCUCAUCUCCCAUGACAGAACGUAUCAUUUCCAGGCAGAGGAUGAGCCAGAGUGUCAAAUAUGGAUCUCAGUUCUGCAGAACAGCAAGGAGGAGGCGCUCAACAACGCCUUUAAGGGAGACCAGCAUGUUGGCGAGAACAACAUUGUGCAGGAGCUGACCAAGGCCAUCCUGGGUGAGGUCAAGCGGAUGGCGGGGAACGACGUCUGCUGUGACUGUGGAGCUCCCGGUCCCACGUGGCUCUCCACCAACCUGGGCAUCCUGACUUGUAUCGAAUGUUCAGGGAUCCACCGGGAGUUGGGUGUGCACUACUCCAGAAUCCAGUCUCUAACACUGGAUGUUCUCAGCACCUCCGAGCUCUUGCUGGCCAAGAACGUGGGGAAUGCUGGAUUUAAUGAGAUCAUGGAAGCUUGUCUGACGGCAGAAGACGUGAUCAAACCAAACCCAGCCAGUGACAUGCAGGCGAGGAAAGACUUCAUCAUGGCCAAGUACACGGAGAAGCGCUUUGCUCGUAAGAAGUGCCCCGACGCGCUGUCGAAGCUGCACACGCUCUGUGAUGCCGUGAAGGCCCGGGAUAUAUUCUCUCUCAUUCAGGUCUACGCUGAGGGGGUCGACCUAAUGGAGCCGAUUCCUCUGGCCAAUGGCCAUGAACAAGGUGAGACCGCCCUUCAUCUGGCCGUGAGACUGGUGGACAGAACCUCCCUUCACAUCAUAGACUUCCUCACCCAGAACAGUUUAAACUUGGAUAAGCAAACGGCUAAAGGAAGUACAGCGCUGCAUUACUGCUGCCUGACGGACAACAGCGAGUGUCUCAAACUUCUGCUGAGAGGAAAAGCCUCUAUAGACAUCGCUAAUGAGGCUGGCGAGACCCCGCUUGACAUCGCCAGGCGACUCAAACACCUGCAGUGUGAGGAACUGCUGAACCAGGCACUUGCAGGGAAGUUCAAUGCUCAUGUGCAUGUGGAGUACGAGUGGAGACUUCAGCAUGAAGACCUGGACGAGAGUGAUGAAGAUCUGGAUGAGAAGUCCAGUCCUCACCGGCGGGACGAGAGGCCCAUCAGCUGCUACACACCGGGCAGUAACUCCCUUCAGCCCAGUCCAGCCAGCCUGGCACGAGACGCUCGAGACAUGGUCAAAGACAAGCAGCGGUUCGUGCCAAACCUGGUCAACAACGAGACCUAUGGAACCAUUAUCAACACCAACUCACCGGUCACCCUGUCCACCUCUGCUCCACCUCUACCACCCCGAAAUUUAGUACAGCCGUCUGGUCUUGCUGGAAUAGCUCAGGGAUCACCCGGUUGGAAGCCUGGCUCCCUAGAUCUGACCGGCAGGCAGAGAUCUUCCUCUGACCCCCCCAACAUGCACCCCCCAGCGCCCCCCUUACGGGUCACAUCCACUUCCCUUCUUGUGCCCAGUGGUGCUCCCCCUCCUAUGGCUAAAACUGCCAGUAUGAUGGAGGCCAAGAAUAUACAACCCAAACCUGGACACGGUCCUCCUGGUCAGAACGUCAACCGGGCUACAAGCACGGACAAAACCUUCAGUAAAAGCACACUGAUGCGCUCUGGAUCCAUCGAGAGACCAGGUAGAUGUCAGAGAAACCAUGUUAACUCUAAAGUUCCUGGAGGCCCCCAAAACACCAUUGGUCAAACUCUGGCCGCUACCCAAAUGCCCAGGAAAACCUACCUGAAGCCGAAGCGUGUGAAGGCCAUGUAUAACUGUGUGGCUGAUAAUCCAGACGAGCUGACGUUCUCUGAGGGAGAGGUCAUCGUGGUGGAUGGUGAGGAGGACCAGGAGUGGUGGCUGGGCCACAUUGAGGGAGAGCCAAUGAGAAGAGGAGCGUUUCCUGUCACAUUCGUGCAAUUCAUUAUGGACUGAAGGGCGGGAGAUCACGGACACUGAGCUGGACGGAUGACGGCA